AUGUCUUUCUCCCCCUUUGGUCUCCUCCACAUGGAAUCACAGUACUACUUUGAAGCCAUGCCCCACGGCGGCUCUUACUUGACCUAUCUGCUGUCGCCGCCGACGCCGCCAGAGCCCAUCAACGACCACUGGACCGUCGAGGAGAAUCAGAUCUUUGAGAGAUGCAUUGCUGAGUUUGACCAUCUGUCUAGGGACUUCUUCGAGGAGAUCGCGCUACAAAUCCCCCGGAAGAGCGUAGGGCAGAUCCAGAGACACUACGAGGCAUUGGUCGAGGACGUCGCGAUGAUCGAGUCGGGCCAAGUGCCGGUCCCCGAGUACGGUAAAUCUAUGAGCAUGGUUGACAAGAGGACAAAGCCGAGGGACGAGGCGUCGGAGAGUAAAAGCACUCAUCAAGCUCCAAGGAGGAGGGGAGUCGCAUGGAGCAGGGAAGAACAUGAGUUGUUCCUCGAGGGUUUGGAGAAGUAUGGGAAGGGCGACUGGAAGAGCAUCUCCAGGAACUGUGUGAAGACCAGGAACCCGACCCAAGUCGCGAGCCACGCCCAAAAGUACUUCAAACGCCUCAAGAACCACUCCGAUCGCCGCCGUUUCAGCCAGCUCGCCGAUCUGUCGGCCCUGCCCAGCACAUCGGAGGCGAUCGACCGUCCGUCGAUCUACAUGCCUUCGCUCCGGCUUGCUUCAAUCGGAACCCCAAGGAGUGGACUCUCACUUGCGUAUUAUCUAGGCAAAAACUAG